AAAACAUAUAUAAAGAGUGUCCAUCGAUUCGAAAGCGUCACAUCAUCUCCACUUGCUCAGCGUUAUAGCUCAAACUCUUCAAACCUUUUUAAUCAUGAAAGUUUUGGUUUUCCUUUCCUCUGUGCUGGCCGUCGCCAUCGCUCAACGAUAUGGCUCAGCAAUACGACCAGUACGUCCGUUACUUCCAUCUCUUCCAAUUGGCCAAUUUCCCGUACUUCCUGGACCGGCAUCUUCUACAUUUGCUGCAUCUCUUGGUAAUGCUCCCGUAGGACUUGUUGACAGAGGUGUUGGACAAGGAUAUGGUCCAGGAUAUGGAGCUGGAUUUCCAGGAUUUGGAUUUCCUUCUGGAUUUCCCUUUGGAUCCCCUUAUUUAGGAUUCCCUUAUGGAGGACUACCUUUUAGUGGCUUUCCCUAUGGUGGACUUGGAGAAAAUGUCUUCAGCACUUCCUUGGGAGAUGCUAAAGUUGGAACAGUCAGCAGAUCAGCAGCAUAAGCAAUAGAAAUUUAUAUAAAACGUCACGUGGUCUUAACGUCGUUCAUUAAUACAGUAUGAAGAAACUGAGUAUGAAUGUGACGAAUGAAUUCUAUUAUUGUCAUUCAAAAUUUUUAUUCAAAUAAAAAAGUUGCAAUUGAA